GCGAAAUAAUAAUCCGAUAACAAAGCCUUAUUUGGUCCCUCCAAAACCCUACGCCAACUCGAAACCUCAAAACUUGCAGAAGAGAAAUAUUUCCUCGUCUUCCCUCCACCGGAAACACUCCAAUGGCUACUGUUCCUGUCAAUCCCAAACCUUUCUUGAACAAUCUGACUGGGAAGCCUGUCAUGGUAAAACUUAAGUGGGGAAUGGAAUACAAAGGUUUUCUUGUCUCUGUGGAUUCAUACAUGAACUUGCAGCUGGCAAACGCUGAAGAGUACAGUGAUGGACAAUUCAGUGGAAGUCUUGGAGAAAUCUUAAUCAGAUGUAACAAUGUUCUCUAUCUUCGUGGAUUUCCGGAGGAUGAAGAAAUAGAAGAAGCAGAUCGUGACUAGAUUUUUCGUGUUGUACUAAUUUUGUUCGGAAAGUGGAAUUAUUAUCUCUGUUUUGUUAGCUUCCCCAUUGAAUCUCAAAUUACGUGAUGUUUAAAUGCAAGUGCUAAGAGUGCCAUCAGUUGGCUUGGUAAGCUCAAGCUAGACAUUAGUAUUAUCAUUGUGGAUUUGAGGAUUAAGAUGUAAUGGUUGGAUGAUCUAAUGGUGAAAUUGUUAAAUUGUCUUGUGUAAGUCCUUUGAUUUUCGAUUA